CUAUAUAUUCAAGUAUAUUAUUUUCCUCAUCAGGAGAAAGCUUAUUAAGGUUUGCCGCUCACUUUUGCGAUUAGUGACUCAGACCUUCAGAUAAGGGUUACCUGUGGUGCUCCACUUCUGCUUUCCCAACAAUGUUCCCAAUAUCUCCAGCUAAAUCACAUUCCUCCGCCAUCGUCACAAUGGGAGAACUGUUUGAUGGUUAGUCUCUCCCUCUCUCGCCCAUAUCUCAGGUAUUCCCCUUACUUAGGAACCUGAAGCACCCAGACCUCUCGUACCCUCUGUCGCUAUAUCACUUUUGAGCUUAGGAGAAAAAAAAAACGCAUUUCAUUUAUAUAUAUAUAUAACAUAAAGUAAAAAAUAACGUGAAUUAAGAAAAAGAAAGAGUGUUUUAUUGUAAAAAAUAAGUACUAUAGAAACUCACAGAGGUCGGGACUUGCCGUAAAUGAUAUUGAGAUGGCCAGUGCCUCAACUUUGUUAAUAAUUUAAAGUAAUAUCAACAUCGUAAAAGCAGAACUGUCAAUAGGCGUAAAAAAUAUUUUUGUUGGUGCGCUCUACGAUUCGGAAACAAAUUUGCCCCCAAAAAAGAAACCUUUUCCGGCUCAGGGGGAUGAAGUCCAAAACAAAACAUUGCAUGAUAGUCUUUAAGUAGUUCCAUCUGUCCAGCAGAAUUUCAGGCUAAUAGCCUGUGGCGCAUCAGUCCGUUCCCUUAACUCCCGCAACCUGACUCUGUCCUAUUAAAUCUCUCCACUCCUCCAAAAAAAAACUAAACAAGUGAAUGAAGGAGAAAAACAUCUUGAGCAGACCUAAGUCAACUAAAUUGUGAUAGUGAUGAUGAUGGCGGUGGUGAUGAUGAAGCGCGAGCCCUAAUUAAGGAGAAAAAAGGACCUCGGGCACUCAGUGAUGUGGAAAAAAAGGGCUCAUCAUUGUGGUGUAUUUUUUUAAGGACAGCUCGCUCUGUGAGCAGAUGACUGCCGCUCACCUUGCCACGGGGUCUGCGUGAGAUUGGUUCAUUGUCAAGGAUUUUUUUUUUACCCAUGAUUCCAUAUGGUAUGGAGUGGGCUACAUGUUGCCCAACAUGCCAGUGCAAAUGUUUUCUCAAUUAGGUGUCUUAUCUCCGGUGAGUGCACUAGCAUCAGAUGAAGCUUGCUGACAGCGUAAUGGCAGCUAAAACCUCGGAAGGCUCCAUCAAAUGGCAGCUCUGCUACGACAUCUCGGCCAGGACUUGGUGGAUGGAUGAAUUCCAUCCUUUCAUUGAAGCACUGCUGCCCCAUGUGAGAGCGUUCUCCUACACUUGGUUCAACUUGCAGGCCCGCAAGAGAAAAUACUUCAAGAAGCACGAGAAGCGCAUGUCUAAGGAAGAGGAGCGAGCCGUAAAGGACGAGCUGCUCAGCGAGAAGCCGGAGGUCAAGCAGAAGUGGGCAUCGCGGCUGCUGGCCAAACUCCGCAAGGACAUCCGGCCGGAGUUCCGCGAGGAUUUUGUGCUCACUGUCACCGGGAAGAAGCCCCCUUGCUGUGUGCUCUCCAACCCCGACCAGAAGGGCAAGAUGAGGAGAAUCGACUGCCUGCGUCAGGCGGACAAAGUGUGGCGCUUGGACCUGGUCAUGGUGAUUUUAUUCAAAGGUAUUCCGCUUGAAAGUACUGACGGCGAAAGGCUGGUUAAGUCUCCGCAGUGCUCGAAUCCGGGACUGUGCGUGCAGCCGCAUCACAUAGGAGUUUCCGUAAAGGAGCUCGACCUGUACUUGGCCUACUUUGUGCAUGCAGAAACGGGGCAGUCUGAAAGUCCAAACCAGCCCAGUGAAGGCGACAUCAAGGACCAGCCAGAAAAUGGGCACCUUGGCUUCCAGGACAGUUUCGUCACAUCAGGUGUCUUCACCGUCUCUGAGCUCGUGCGAGUCUCACAGACCCCCAUCGCGGCAGGGACGGGGCCCAACUUUUCGUUGGCAGACUUGGACAGCUCUUCCUACUACAGUAUGAGCCCUGGGGCCAUGAGGCGCCCCCUACCCAGCACUUCUUCUAGCAGUUCUGCAAAGCGUAUCAAAUGCAUGGAGGAUGAGGUGGACAGCCCGGGAGAGGAGUCCUACUACCCAGGUCAGGGACGCUCGCCUGGAAGCGGCAGCCAAGCCAGCAGCUGGCAUGAAGUAGAGCCAGGGAUGCCAUCGCCUACCACAUUAAAGAAGUCAGAGAAGUCUGGUUUCAGCAGCCCUGUGCCUUCGCAGACCGCUUCCCCUCGAACGGCAUUCACACACCAUCAUCGACCUGUCAUUACAGGACCCAGAGCGAGUCCUCACGCCACGCCGUCAAGUCUUCAUUUCCCGACGUCGCCAAUCAUCCAGCAACCCGGCUCGUACUUCUCCCACCACGCCAUCCGCUACCACCCCCAGGAGACGCUCAAGGAGUUUGUCCAACUUGUCUGCCCUGACAGUGGUCAGCAAGCUGGUCAGGUGGGCUUCCUUAAUCCCAACGGGAGCAGUCAAGGGAAGGUGCACAACCCGUUCCUGCCCACCCCCAUGUUGCCGCCUCCUCCGCCUCCCCCAAUGGCGCGACCUGUGCCCCUGCCCGUGCCAGACUCCAAACCUCCCUCCACCUCCACCGAGGGAGGCGGCAACUCCCCCACCUCGCCAACCUACUCCACACCGAGCACGUCUCCCGCUCAGCGCUUUGUCAGCGUGGGCCCCAGAGACCCCAGCUUUGUAAAUAUCCCUCAGCAGCCUCAGUGGUACCUGGGCUAAAGUCUCCCAACACGGACCGGCCGCUCCCGAGGUCACACGACCACCCCCUCUGUCUCCCCUGAGUACGACCCGCAAACAUGUACACCAGUCUGAACAGAGAGAAGCCACUUGCUGCCCCAGUACCGGACAGACCCACAGCAUGGCUCCAGCAGAACCCCGCCAAGCCCUGGAACAAGAGGAACCGACUCAACGCGCUUACACCCACUUACUAUAUAUCUAUAUAGUCCAUAUGUAUUCUUCCAUAUGUAUGGUUUACAUGCCUAUAUUCAUAUAUAGUAGCUGUCCAGCUCUUCUGAGGGUGGAGCUCGGAAAAAAAAGAAGAGCUUCGUUUUCUCGGAAACGUGCACGUUUUUUUUCUCUUUUCUUUUGUUUAGUUUUGUUGUGUUUUUUGGUUCACCCUCACAGAUAGACGAGGAAAACGUAACAUGACGCAAUCAAAGAGCUUCCCGCUUCUGUGCCUGUGGUCUUAAAGUGAAUUCUAAAGCGUUUCCAACGCAGUCUACGGCCAAGGGUCGCAAACCCACAACCACCCGGAGGUCGGAGCUCUGCCUUUCAAUCACUCGUGUUUUGACGGAUCAAUCCGGUUUUCGUAUCGGUGAACGUUGGAGGUUUCGCCUGGGUCAGAUAUGCCACCAGCUAAAAAUCUCUAUUGCGUCUGCUGUCCAGGACCAUUUCCUCCCCUUUCCACCACCAUCACCACCACCAUCAACACCAUGUCAGAUCAAGAACUUUCAAGGACUCAACCAAACCCAUUUUUUCAGUUGUUUUGUGUCAUUUUGGGGCAGGCGAUGAAGAAGUCAUUGAACGGUGAUGUUUGAUAUCAGGUCAUUUUACGGUAUGCUAAUGGGAGAUCUCCCUCCCCACUUGGAGGCAUGUUCAUAUUUUGUGUUUUUCGUACAAAAAUCAUCGCGAUUCUUUCUACUAAACCCCAGCGGAAGGUCUGUCACACGCCAAGGGCCGAGUGAAGGUUCGAUCUUCCAUAAACUUCAAGAAAAGGUUAACCGUGAAUACUGAAUUGAGGAAAGUGCAAUUUUGUUGGGUAGAUGUUGGAUUGUUAAAUAUCUUUGUAAGAUAGAUCGUUGAAGCGAUUGUUGAAAAGUAUAUAUAUAAAUAUAUAUAUUUUUCUUCCUAGUCCGUUCACACCUCCAGGACUCUAAAAUAUCGGGGUACAAAAAAGAAAAAAAAAACACGUCAAAAGAAAAAUAGAACAAAUAGCCUUGUGAGAAAUAAGGGGAGCUGUAAUUGAUUUUUCUGUUGUUGUUUUUAUGUGUUUGUUUGUUUGUUCAUCGAUUGUUAGCAUUGUAGAACAAAUAUCCCUUUAAGAAAUAUCAACGUUUAAACAAUCAAUUUAGUUCAUUUCCAAAACGCUACAGCAAAUAUUUUAAUUUAACCGGGCACAUGAUGAAAUCCGUAAGAAAAUUAGCCGUUUGCGAAAUCAUGAACGAAAAAAAUCGACUGUUUAAAUGCGAAUGCAAGAGGCGAAAUACUGAACUAACUUCCUCGCGGACACUUUCGAAAGUGUCACACAAAAAUGUGAAGAUCCAGCUUCCCUCGCAUGCAAUUUUUGUUGUUUUUUGAGUUUUUGUUCGUUUCCUGUACGAAACAUAUAUAUAUAAAUAUAUACACUUACAGUCUCAUCCACCGUCGAUCAAAGCUCAGUAAAGUUUUUUUUUUAAAUUAAAGAAAAUAAUCUGCAUGUUCUAGUGUUAGUGACAAAUUUUUACAUAGAUUACGUAGAGUUAAAGUAGUGUGAAAAAUAUUGUAAUCCCAACAUCAGGCACUUGCCGAUCAAGUAUUUGUUUGGUCCUAAAAAAAGGGUAUUUUUACUGCUGUUCUCACAAUCAACCAGCUAAACAUCUCUCUGACUCUUCUUAGCUCGUCGUCAUUUCUGUAAAGUCUCCCUUCCUCCUUUAUUCCCGUCAGAACAAUCAUUGUCAUACGUACGCACUUCAUCGUCCCUUUUCCAACUGCACGAACAAUUCCACAUCGAUGUGCCUUGAGCGAUGGUCUAGUUCUGAGUUAUUGCACAAGCUGCAAUGUGGAGACUAUUUUUUUACCUUUUCACCCCACCUUCCACAUGUAGUCAUUUGGAGAGAGUUAAAUUUGUGCUAAUUGAUAAUACACAGUAUUACUUUCCAUUUAACUACAUAUCGCCACUUUCGGUCGUCCGUUGCUUCGAAAAUCCCAUCGUUUACUCUUCAAUCAGUCGAACGUCAAUCAUUCGCCCAAGAAAAUGCGUAACCCGAAGGUUUUUGUGUCAUCUUGCCCUUUUUUCUCUGAUUUAACAGUAGUGUAUUGAUAUUUAUGGAUGUUGCUGCAAUUUCUAAAUGACGACUACUUUUUCAUAUUCGAUCUUCCUGUUUUUUUUUUUCGUUCCAAGAGAUGAAUAAUGAGGAAAAAAAUUAUAUGCAAUACUUGCUUGCACUCAUGUAGUCAUUUUUUCAUUUUUUUAUAUUUUUUUUUUUCACCACCAAAGUGAGCACUUGACAGGUCAAGUGGCUGAACGUCAGUGUGUUUUUCAUGGCCAUGACACGAGAAAACGCCAUUGAUCAGCCUCACUUGGGUUUCACACAACCAAUCAUCAAUGUUUUCGCAUACUUUGUGUUUUUUUCGGUCAAUCAAUCAAGCCUUAAAAAUGAGGAAACUUCAUUUCCAUCACAAACACACAAAAGCAAACACGUCCAGGACAAAAAAUAUGCCCAGUUUUUGUACAUUUUGACAAAGUUCCAUGUUAUAUUAAUUGUUUACCUGUUUAUUUUCUAUUGCAUAUAUCGUUUAAGAAAAAAAACAAGCAAAAACACAUUAUGGGGACGAAUUUCCCAGGCAUAUGAUGUGAUGGUUUAGUAGUUACACUUGUGUGGGGUUUUUUUUAGCGUGAAUUUUUUUUGUCAUUGUUCUUGCCUACCCUUUAGAAAUGAGUUGGGCAUUACUUUCUUAAUCGUCUGCACUAAAUAUAAAAUAAUGACAAUUGUGAUAAUUGAGAAAAAAAAUACAAAAAAAAAAAAAUACAAAAAAAAGCUUCCAGGGCUUAAAAGAGCGAAGGGAAACACGAUUGCACGGAUAUUUUUUUGUCACAAAAACCUUGUUUAGAGCAGCCUGGCAUCUAAUCAGCGAGAUUGGCUGUGUGUGUAAGAUAAUGACAAAAUUGCACCCUUUUUAAAGAAAGAAAAAAAGAGAAAAAGAAUUUCAAGCAAUAGUUUGGGCAGUCUGUUUUGUUCUCGUGUUGUGUGUGUAAUUUAGUUUUUUGGUACAACGUUGGAGAAGACGCGGGAGAAGCGAACAAACCGAAUCGAUUAGAUACGAGAGUUAGGGCGGACGCACCUGAGUAUGGGAGAUUUGAUGUUUGUAUAUUGUAUAGUUUUAUUAAUUACACUGAUUUUAAAGCUGCCCUAUUUUAUAAUGCAGGACUUUUGUAACAUUGAUUAAAUGAGGAAAAACUAGUGUUGUGAAUUUUCUGAUUGUUUGUAUUAAGGCCACAUAAAUAGAACUGGUUUUGUUUGUCCUCUGGGGAACUGGAUUUAAGUUGAAAACUUCCUGUUUCCUAUUUUUUUUUUUUCUUUUUUUUUUUUUUGCUUUCCUUUUUGUAUGUAUUUAAGGACUUAUUUCUUCUUUCGAUGGUAUAGAAGUACUCCUAUACUUGAAAAGUGUAGGAUGCCGAGGUGAAAACCCCAUUGUAAAUGGAUGUUACAAGUAUGCUGUAUGUUUUGAAGGUUAUUUGUUGCAUCAGUGUUGAUGAAGCUAAAUCUAGAUAAUUCUGAGGAUGUUGGUAAGAAGAGAGCGUUUUUAUGCAUUUUAAAAUUAGUUUUAGGCAGAAGACAAUGACAUAGACAGCCAAAGGAUGCCCCUAUUAUAAAUGCAUCUAGGCAUCUUUUUGUGUUCACCAUUCCAUGCAGGAAAAUAAACCGCUUGAUAUGCAA